UUCUAAGUCAUUGUUUAUUCAGACUUGUAACAAAUGAUAUGUAUGCAUUGUAUCUUAGUCAUUAGGAGCACAAAGCUCCCUGGUUGGUACAAAUUUUUUAAAAGAUUUAUUUAUUUUUAUUGGAAAGGCGGAUAUACAGAGAGGAGAGACAGAGAGGAAGAUCUUCCGUCCGAUGGUUCGAUGUGUGUUUCGUUCCAGCUGUUACUUAUCGAAGAAUUUUUGCUUCAGAUGUGCAUGUGCCCUUAGCUGAGAAAUAUGGUUGCAGGAUCAAAUCGGAAAUGAACCUGAGAAAUUUCUUUCUUGAUUUAUAUAAAAGCAGAAUAUUGCAAAGAUUAGCAAUGCAUUUUGCUAGUUUCCAUUUUUUGUGCUUGAUAUGUUUUAACUUUGUCUCCUGUAAAAUCUCAGUGAGAUGCCAGCAGUUGGCUUUGUGUUUAUACUCUCCUGCAUGCAAAUUGUUUACGGCUUUCUGCCUCCCCAUGUGAUGUACCCUCCACAUCCCACAGAUCCCCAGUAGCUUCACGGCUUGAUCUGCUUCAACCUUUGGGUAACUAUCAAUUUCAAAGCAGAGCAAAGUAUACUUCGGAGCCCUACAUUCUCAAUACCUACUGCUCUGAGAACUGAGCUUUGUAUGAGUGCAGCUUUAGUACUGGUUCUUAUUUCUAUCAUCUUACUAAGGUUGCAUUAUACGCUGUUAUUUUACUUUAAUUUCUUUUAAAAAUAUUCAAUGCCCUAGUUCCCUUUUUCCUAAUUUAUCCCCAAUAGGAGUGACUUCAAAUUUGCAUAUACUGGAAAUGAAAUGCGCACAGUUGCAGAAAAGGUUGACACUGUCAGAAUUGUUCACAUUCAUUCUGUCAUUAUAUUGCGACGAUCUGACAAGAGGAAGGACCGAGUGGAGAUUUCUCCAGAGCAGUUGUCUGCAGCCUCAACAGAGGCAGAGAGGUUGGCUGAAUUAACAGGUCGCCCCAUGAGAGUUGUGGGCUGGUAUCACUCCCAUCCUCAUAUAACUGUUUGGCCUUCACAUGUUGAUGUUCGAACACAAGCCAUGUAUCAGAUGAUGGAUCAAGGCUUUGUAGGGCUUAUUUUCUCCUGUUUCAUAGAAGAUAAAAACACAAAGACUGGCCGAGUACUCUACACUUGCUUCCAAUCCAUACAGGCUCAAAAGAGUUCAGAGUAUGAAAGAAUUGAAAUACCCAUCCAUAUUGUACCUCAUGUCACCAUUGGAAAAGUAUGCCUUGAGUCAGCAGUAGAGCUGCCCAAAAUCCUGUGUCAGGAGGAACAGGACGCAUACCGGAGGAUCCACAGCCUUACACAUCUGGACUCAGUAACCAAGAUCCAUAAUGGCUCAGUGUUCACCAAGAAUCUGUGCAGUCAGAUGUCAGCAGUCAGUGGGCCUCUGCUACAGUGGCUGGAAGACAGACUGGAGCAAAACCAACAGCAUUUGCAGGAGCUGCAGCAAGAAAAGGAAGAGCUUCUGCAGGAACUUUCUUCUCUAGAAUGAAGAAGAGAACAAAUGAGGAACAAUGAAGUUAGUGUAAAAUCAAUUCAACUAACUCUAUUUUGAAGAACUAAAAGUUGGAUGACCCACUUUGCCUGACUGCAAGACUUACUAUAAAGCUACAAAAAUCAAGAUGGUAUAGUACUGGCAGACAGACUAACACAUUGAUCAGUGGACUUUGCCCAACUGAUGUUGAUGAAGCACAAAAGCAAAUCAAUGGAGGAAGGAUGGUGGAGAAAUUAUAAAUUCAUAGGAAAUAAAAGAAUCUU